UAUGUCAAAAAUAACAUCGAAAACUAAGAAUAUUAUUAUUAAAACAUCAAAAAUGAAAAAUCCUACUGAAAUAAUAAAUACAAGGUCCAUAACUGAAGCCAAAAAGACAAAAAAUAGAAAAGCUAAAACAUCUAUUUCACAAACUAAAGAAAUCAUACAAAAAGAAAAACAUAAAAUUACAAGAAAUAAAAAGUUAUCCAAGGAAGAUAUUAAUAUUACAGUGAAAUCAGAAAAUAUUGUUACACAUAAUAAUUCCAAUAUGAAUAAACAAGAAUCAAAAAAUAAAAAAAAAAAACUUAUUACAGGAAUAAAAAAAAAUAUUUCAAAGCAAAUGUCUUUAAAAGAAUCAUUUCUAAACCAAUCUAAAAUACAUUUUUUAAGAUCUUCUAAAAAUUCUAAAAAUUCCAUGAAUAGUAUAUCAACAAAGAAAUUAUCUAUUAAUAAAAAAAAAUUACCAAUUUAUAAACAUGUUUCACCAGAAAAGCAAAAAGAAAAUAUCAGCGAAAUAUAUGAAUUUAAGUUUGAUAUUAAUGAUUCAAAUGAAAAAUUACCAAAAAAACAAAAAAGAAAAAUAGUUACUAAAAGAAAAGUUACAAAUAGAAAGAAGAAAAAUAUUCCUGUGAAACAAAUUGCUAAAAAAAAAUCAAUUAUUAAAAAAAGUGAAGAAAUAAAAAAUUCAGAUUUUGUAGAAUUUGAAAUAAAAAAAAAAGAUUCUAUGGAACAUUUGAAUAUUAGAAGUAAUAUAUUAAAAGAAAAUGUAAUAAAAAAUCUUAAACCAAAUAUAGAAAUAAAUAAACAAUUGAAGACUUCAGAAAAUAUAAUCAAAGAACAUACUAUUGAUGGAAUAGCUACAAAACCUACAAUUAUAUCAGUGAAAGAUUUAAGUGAUAAAAGAAUUUCAAUAAUAGAUACUUCACAAAUAUCAAAUUCAAAUGAUUUUAAACCAUUUAGACCAACGAAUAUUUUUAAUAAUAAACAAAUACAACAAAAUAAUACACUUAAUUAUUCUUUAUUUGAAAAGUCUUUAUCACCAAUUAGGAAAUCAUUAGAAAAUUCUCAGAUGCUCUGCAGUCCUUGGAGAGCAUCAUUAUUUACAUUUUCUCAAGUAAAAAAUAUAUUUCAAAGCACACCUAAAAAUAAUAAUUAUGAUAUUAUUAAUAAAAAACUUGUGCGAACAUUAAAUGAAUCUAAACAAUUUGCAAAUGUAAUAAAAACAAAAAACACUUUACAAAAAAAUAAUGAAAAUAUAAGUACAGAAGAGCAUAUAAAUAUUAAUACUCCCAAAAAGAAAAAUCCUUUAACUUUAAGAAAAUUUGGUACAGAAAUUACAAAUAUUGAUCACUCUUUACAAUUUAAAUCUUCAAUAGAACAAAUAAAUGAACAUAUACCAAUUGAAACUGAAAACAUUCAGUCAAAUAUACAAUCAAUCAAUGUAAUUACUUCUAAUAUAAAUAAUGCAUUUAAAUUUGACAAUAAGGAAAUUAAAAAGAAUAGUAUAUUAAGUCCAAAAAAAAAUCUUAAAAAAGAAAUAAUUAGCACACAAAUUCAAGAAAAUAUAUUAAAUUUAAAAGCUAAUGAACAAAAAGAAAAUUUUAUUUCUCAACCUGGACCAUCAGGUUUACAAAGUAAUUCAAUUUUUAAUGAGAAAAGAAUUCUAAAACAAUCAAAUUUAAAUAAUUUUCUUAAUAUAAUGGAACUACCACAAUGCACAACAAUUAAAACACCACAUGGAAUUUUUGAUGAUACACAAUCAAUAUCAAUAAUCAAUAAAUCAAUGAAGAAGAUUAAUGAAUCUAAUAUAAAAUUAAAUAACACAUUUGGUUUUAGUGAUAGUGAGUCUGAUCAAGAGAUAUCUUCUAUUAAACAUAAAAUUGAAAGUAAUAAACAAGAAAAAUUUGUUCAAUCAAAUGUAAUUGUACAUGACAUAAAACUUACUGCAAGAUUAUCAAUUGAUGAGAUAAAAAAUAAAUUGCUUAUUAAAAAUUUAAAAGAAGAGAAAGAUACAUGUAAUAAAGAAAAUAUAUUAAUUAAAAAUAAAGAAAUAAAAAAAUUACCCAUUAAAGAAAAAAAGAAACAAAUUGAUAUUUUGAAUUUUUCUGAUACAUUUGAUAUUCUAUCUGAAACAGGUGGAACUUCUGUAGUGUCUUCGUCUAAUAUUCCAUUAUUUACUGAUUUUGAACCAUCUCAUUUUACACAGCCUCCACGACAUUCAUAUAAACGUAAACGUAAUGUAAAAUAUAGUUUUUCUGAAGAAGAAAGUGAAGAAGAAGAAAUGGAAUCAAUUGAACAUGAAAUAAAACGAAAAAAAACUAAUAAAUUGAAAAUGGAGCAAGAAAAAAGAUUACAGAAAUGGGUUCAGGACAUCAAUAGAACUUUUCACGAAAUAGAUCAACAUGAACUUAUAAUUGAAUAAAUUUAUUAUUAUUAUAAAAAGA